AGUGAUGAAAUUAGUCCUUAAAUAAAUAAAAGUUAUGGACUCUAGAAUUUUUAUUCCAAUUAUUUUAGCCAAUCUUAUUAAUGACAUUGCAAGUAUUUCCUGUAAUUUCCAAUAUAUAGAAUACAUUCCAACAUAUCCAUCUGGUGAGGAACUAGAAAGAUUAGAUCUCGAACUUGAAAAUCAUACUAAUACAACACGAUUCCAUGAUAGUUUUAGUUGUGAAGAUGAUACAUAUUUUCCACAUCGUCUAGUGACGACGACAACAACAAAAGCAACAACGACAGAACCUCCAAAAGAGGAUAGUCAAGAAAGUCAUGAGUAUGAGGACAUAGAAACCUCAUGUGAAGUCAGACGUAGAACAAUCCAACCAAAAGCACUCAAUAAUAUUUAUAAUAAACUAAUUAAAGUCGUUAAUACUGAAAGUUUUGUCCAGAGCAUUCAUAUUGAGGAAUGUUUGAAUACCAAAGAGCCAUGCAAUCAUGGAGUUGUUCCAUCACAAAGAGAUACAAAAUACAUUUGCCGACAGAAGUUUGUGAAAAUAACGUUGAAAGCUCUUAGCGACACAAAUGCAGUUGUCGAUGACUUCUUCUACUAUCCAUCUCAUUGUGUCUGUGAACUUGUGACUGUGAAAAAGAAAACGAAAAAGCCGAAACCGACAAAAAAGUGCUUCUUUGUUUAGGAAUUAAUAAUUAAUGUAAAAUAAUCUUUAAUAA